UGUGGCGAGUCCAGUUCUCUCUCAGAUUGAAGUUCCUCCGCACGGUAAUAUUGUUGCUCUUCAUGAAAUCUAAAUUGUCUAAUGCCGAGUCACAGCAACUACAUCUUCUAGACCUGCUUACCGUCUCAAUUCUGAGAUGGCUCAAGAAUACAUGAAAAACAUUGAGCGUUUUCGAAUCCUGGUCAUGGGCAGAGCGAAUGCCGGAAAAACCACCAUCAUCCAAAGAGUGUGCGACUCUACAGAUAAGCCAGAGGUCUUCGAUAGCAAGGGAAACAAGAUUGAUGGUACUAUUGUGCAAGGCACUUUGGCGCGUGGCUACCAUAGGAUCGAGCAUGAACUCAUUUUUCGGAGCAACCCAGGCUUUGUGUUCCAUGAUUCCUGUGGAUUCGAAGCAGGGGCUGCAGAAGAGUUUGAACAGAUGAAGGACUUCGUGGUUGACCGUGCAGCCACACCGAGGGUGAAUGAACGAAUCCAUGUCAUCUGGUUUUGCAUCCCCAUGACUGAGAGCUGCAGGACAGUAACUGCUGCUGAGCAGAAAUUCUUCAAUGAGUGUGAUACAGGACAUGUUCCUGUGAUAGUGUUGUUGACAAAGGUGGAUACCUUGAAUCUGGAUGCAAUUGAAGAACUUGAAGAUGAGGGUUGGGAGAUAGGAGGAGCACAGGGAAGGAUUGCAGAAAAGGAAAGGGAAUUGUUGGAGAAGUGGCUUGCACACAUAAAGCAUGAGCUUGGCAAGUGCAAGUCUCCACCUAAAGGAUAUUUGUCACUUCAAAAGAUGGAUCAACAGAGUGCAGACUGCAGCACUUUGAUGCAUUGGACAGCAAAUGUGUUGAAUGAGGAAGAUUUACAAAGGUUACUUAUAUCAACACAGCAGUCAAGUAUUACACUAUGUGUUCAGUAUGCUGUGCACAAGACAUUGAGAAACAGAAUGGAGCUAGGUUUCAUGGGAAGAGUGCAGGUGGAUGCAAAAGAGUUGGAAUGUGAUUUGCUGAAAUGGUUUCCAAAUUGUGAUGUAAGGGGUAAGUGAUUUCAUGGCAUGUUUGGCUGGAUGCCUGCUCAGUGGCCUCACUUGCACACUUGAUGUUGGUGGCAUGACAGCAACUUGUGAGUGAUUUCAUAGCAUGUUUAGCUCAAUGUCUGCUCAAUGACCUCACU